CGAGGGCUCGAGCAAGAAAAUGAAAUUGAUAAAAUCAUGAAAGUGAGUUUUACUUAGACGAAUUAUUAAGUAUUAUCAAUAUUUUUAAUAAUCAGUUAGACAUCGCAUUGAUAUCAAAGAAACAAUACAACUAUAACGCAUUUGGUUUUGACCUUGCUCCACUUAAAUGGCCAUGAACUUGGAAGCAAACGCUCAAAAUCUUGAAGCUCUUGCCGGACGACUUCGAGCAACACUUAUAGCCGACGCACAAGUGAGAAAAGACGCUGAACAAUUUCUCCAGACAAUCAAGGCAAGCAAUUACUCGUUGCUUCUCCUUCACAUUGUUGACAAUGCAGCGUUUGAUGACAUGAUUCGACUUGCUGCAGCGAUUACAUUCAAGAAUUUUGUCAAGAGGCAAUGGCGUGAGGUUGAUGGUGAACCAAAUAAAAUUGCUCAUGAUGACCGACAGAAAAUAAAAGUGUUGAUUAUUGAUCUGAUGUUAAAGAGCCCGCCUCAAAUUCAAACUCAGUUAAGUGAUGCCAGUAUCAUUGGACGUGAAGAUUUCCCAAGAAAAUGGCCAAAUUUACUGCCGGAAAUGGUAAAAAAAUUUGCUUUAGGAGACUUUCAUAUCAUUAAUGGUGUUUUAAAAACUGCGCACUCCUUGUUUAAAAGAUAUCGCUAUGAAUUUAAAUCUCAAGAACUUUGGGAAGAGAUCAAGAUUGUCUUGAAUGGCUUCUGUGAACCGCUGACCGAAUUGCUGCAGACGACAAUGGACUUGGCAAAUACACACAGUAAUGAUCCGGAAUCUUUGAAAGUACUUUUUAGUUCUCUCACGUUGAUAUCUAAAAUAUUUUACAGUUUAAAUUCGCAGGAUCUUCCUGAGUAUUUUGAAGACAAUAUGGAGACAUGGAUGAAGCACUUUCUUAUCAUUCUCACUACUGAUAAUAAACUGUUACGAACUGAGGACGACGAGGAAGCUGGUCCUCUUGAAUUGAUCAAAUCUCAAAUAUGUGACAAUGUCUCCAUGUACGCACAGAAAUAUGACGAGGAGUUUCAGCCAUAUUUACCUGGAUUUGUCAGUGCCAUAUGGAACUUACUUACUACUAUCGAGAAUCGAGUGAAGUAUGAUUUGCUUGUUAGCAAUGCCAUCCAGUUUCUUACGUCAGUCUGUGAGCGACCUCACUAUAAAGGACUGUUUGAAGAUCAGGGAAACUUACAAAGUAUUUGUGAAAAGGUCAUUGUACCCAACAUGGAGUUUAGAGACGCAGAUGAAGAAGAGUUCGAAGAUAAUCCCGAAGAAUACAUCAGGAGGGAUAUUGAGGGAUCAGAUGUAGAUACCCGUCGUCGUGCUGCCUGUGAUUUUGUUCGUGGCUUGUGCAAACAUUUUGAAGGACCUGUCACAGCUAUUUUUUCUCAUUACGUCACAAUGCUUCUCGAGCUACAUGCCGAGGAUCCUGCAGCUAAUUGGAAAAGUAAGGAUUGCGCAAUAUAUUUGGUGACGUCAUUGGCCACAAAGAAACGUACCUCUAAGCAUGGAGCAACACAAGCUAGCGAGUUGGUCAACUUGACAGAUUUUUUCAACAAUCAAAUUUUGCCGGAAUUGAAGAACGCAAACAUUGAUAUGACUCCUGUUCUCAAGGCAGACGCGUUGAAAUAUGUCGCAGCUUUUCGAAAUAUGCUUCCACGUGAUGUUCUCUUUGGUUCACUUCCAUAUCUUGUUCUUUAUCUCAAAGCAAAAUCAGUCGUCGUACACACGUACGCUGCCUACGCUAUAGAGAGAAUUUUUACUAUAAAGAAUCCUGCUGGUGGACAACCAUUAAGUCGUGCUGAAGUGAAACCAAUUCUCGAGGAACUUCUGGUGAACCUUUUUAAAGCUCUUGAAAUUCGUGGAUCUGAAGAGAACGAGUACAUUAUGAAAGCCAUUAUGCGAACAUUUUCCAUGAUGCAGGAAGAUAUGACGCCUUAUAUGACUCAACUUCUCUCUCAAUUGGUGGCAAAACUCGCGGCAGUCAGUAAGAAUCCUAGCAAGCCCCAGUUCAAUCAUUAUUUAUUCGAGUCUCUCUCCUGUGCUCUCAGAUACACUGGAUCAACCAGUGAAAAGUUGGGGGAAUUUGAAAAUGGUUUGUUUCCCAUCUUUACGGAGAUUAUACAACGGGAUGUUACAGAAUUCCUUCCUUACGUGUUUCAAGUACUGUCAUUGUUAUUGGAGUUACGUAAAGAUGCCCUACCAGAAAGUCAUCUUGGCUUGUUCCCAUUCCUUUUAUCCGCGGCACCCUGGGAAAGACAAGGUAAUAUUCCACCUAUGGUUAGACUACUUCAAGCGUACAUCAAGAAAGCUCCAGCGAUGGUUUCUGAAAAAAAUAAACUCAGCGGUUUACUUGGAGUAUUUCAGAAAUUGAUCGCUUCAAAGACGAAUGAUCACGAAGGAUUUUAUAUCUUGAACACACUAAUUGAAAGUCUUGAUCAAUCAGCCUUGGCUAACCACAUGCAACAGCUAUUUAUACUAUUAUUUCAAAGAUUGAGCAGCUCGAAGACCACAAAAUAUAUCAAAGGUCUUUUGGUAUUUUUGUCUUUGUACGCUAGCAUAUAUGGUGCAUCUGGGUUAGUGGAAAUUGUUGACACCUUACAAAACAGAUUGUUCGGAAUGGUUUUGGAAAAAUUAUACAUAGCUGAAGUACAAAAAGUGUCUGGUUCUACAGAAAGGAAAAUUUGUGCCGUUGGAAUAACGAAUAUUUUGACGCAGUGUCCGACAAUGUUGACUGUGUAUAACAAUUAUUGGUGUCCCCUUCUUUCCGCUUUGCUUGCCGUUUUUGAGUUACCAGAGGAUAGCUCCGUACCUGACGAUGAACAUUUCAUUGAAGUAGAAGAUACUCCAGGAUAUCAAGCUGCUUACUGUCAACUAGCGUUUGCUGGAUCUACAGAUCACGAUCCUUUCUCCAAGACAAUACCCGAUGCAAAGGUUUACCUUGCUCAGUGUUUGAAUAAACUCUCUACUGCGCAUCCAGGAAAGGUGAUGACAAUGAUAAAUUCCAAUCUGCCACCAGACGCCAUAGCCUGCCUUCAGAAGUACUUCACUGCAGCCGGAGUUUCAUUAUCUUGACCAAAGUCAUUGUUGUGCAGUGCUCGUGUUUAACGCAAGAGGAAUGAUGCGUACUACGAAUUGGUAAAUCCGUGAGAACGGAAAAGCGAGUACAGGAAUAGGCGAGAAAACGUUAGCAUAAUGUCGCGUGUAUCUAUAGAAAAAGUGACAAGAUUUUCUAAGUUUGGUUCAUUUCCUAGAAAAGCGUUUUCCUAGUCUCAUAGUACGGCUUUAUUAACGUUGGAAGCUGUAGAGAGUUCAACUGUCUUGUUGUUUUUUUUUAACAGCAAGAGCAAGACUAAUUUCUUUUCCUCUUCGAAUUUACAGAAUAUUUCAUUUUGAAUCACGACAUUUUUUUCAGAAUAAUGUUAUGUGAAUACAUCCACUAUCAUAGAAAUAUAUUAUUUUUCAAAA